GGGGCCUGACGAGGGUGUCAUAUGUGCUUGCUCCAGAACUGUAUCCAGUUUUGAGAAGCUUAUCUUUGUUUGUAAAUAAUAACCCAACUGUGCUGAUUAGGUUGUUCCAUGGUAAUUUGUUAUUUAUACACAGGAUGCAAAAAAUUGACAUCAUGGAGUUAAUCUGUUACAUAAGAAAUGCAUGGUAUAAUAUCCUGUCUACAUUUAAUGUGAUCCCCCGUGGCCUGCUGUUGACACUGGCCAUCUCUGCCCCUGCUGCCCAUUGGCACAGCAGCCAAAGCAGGAGGACCGCAAAGGGGAGGGCCGAGCGUCAGGCCCCCUCUCCUCCCUGCUGCAGAAGAUGUGUGCUCCUCUCGAGUGGGGACUGUUUGUGAAAGAGUCCAGAGCCGGAGCGGUCAAGUCUAAUUAUCAGGUGUUGUGAGCAGCAGCUUCUGUCCUAAGUGGACGUCCGUCUCCAUCUGAAGUGCAGCCGGAGAAGACUCUGUGAAGCGUGGAGGUCAGAGAGAGGGAGAGCGAGAGAGAUGGACACGUGCGCCUGCGCUUUGGAGCUGCUGGGGAUGCUGGUCUACGUCGGAGCGUGGCUGUGCGCUUUAGCCACCACUCUGUUACCGCAGUGGCUGACCAUGUCCACCGCUCUGCUGCCGGUGGAGAGCUACGAGCUGGGCCUGUGGGAGACGUGCGUGGUGCAGGACAUCGGGGGGAUGGAGUGCAGAGCUUACGACAGCCUGCUGGGCCUCUCCAGUGACCUCAAGCUGGCCCGCAUGUUCAUGUGCGCUUCCCUUGCUGUGGGCAUGCUGGGAAUGCUGGUAGCCAUACCUGGACUCCACCUGGUCAACAGCUGUAAAGAGCGCGGAGGCUGCAGGACCAAGAGGACUUUAACCAUCCUAGGAGGGGUACUGGGGAUGAUCUCUGGCGUGCUGUGUCUUAUCCCCGUGUCCUACAUGGCACAUUUAGCCGUGAUACAUUUCUUUGAUGACAAAGUGCCCGAUGUGGUGCCACGGUGGGAGUUUGGCGAUGCCUUGUUCUGCGGCUGGGCCGGAGGAUUUCUUCUCAUAGUGGCCGGGCUCCUCCUGGUCACCUCUUGCUUAUGCUCACAGGUGGAGCCUCAGCCUGUGCUGCAGAGGAGAUACCAGGUCAUGCAUACGGAUGUUUCCCUCAAGAAACGCUCGGAGUACGUUUAAGGGACGAAUCGUGAGAGAUUUACCAGAGUAGAGACUGACAGCACAUCACAAUCACCUGUAGAGCUGCACUUCAAACUGCUUUCAAGUAAUGAUGUGGUUUUAUAUCAGAGAUCCUGUGUAAGGGUUGCUUUAUCGCCUGAUUAAAUGAGACCUUGUAGACUACAACAAAUCCUCAGCGAAUUUGCAGCUAUUUUGAAUGAUUCACCUGCACAAUCCAACAUUGCAUUUUAAAGGUCCCGUGUCUAAGAUUGAGGGGGACAUAUGGGCAGAAAUUGAAUAUAAUAUGAUUGGCAUAAUGUUUUGACCAUUGUAGUUAGCAUCCUCCCUGCAACAUGCCAAACAGCACUGGAAAAAACACUUACUUGUAGUGUGAAACUGCUUUAUUCAGUGUUUUUACGUCUGAAUCACCUGGUUUGUUUGUUUUGGAGAGAAAGAGAGAAAAUUCGGCUCCCGAUAAAAAAACUCCUGAUUGUCUAGAUUUUAUGUUGUCAGAGAAAAAAGGGUGAUAGAACACCCGCCCAUCUCUGACAUGCCAAACAGCACUGGAGAAUGCUGUGUUUUAACAUAAAACUCCUUUAUUCAGUGGUUCAAGCUAUUUGAAUCACCUGAUUUAUUUGUUUUGUUGAGGAAGAAACCUUUGCAGAUAAUUCGGCUCCAAAUAAAGACUUCCUUAAUGUUUGGAUCACAAGUUGUCAGAGAAAAAAGGUGAGAAUAUAUGAGCAUGAGGUAAGACAGCUGCCCAUCUCCGAGAAGCCAAACAGUAUUGGAGGAAACAUGACUUUUAAUGUGAAACUGCUUUAUUUUGUGUUUUUACUGGUUUUG